AUGGCCGAUGAGAGUGAAGUUGUGGCUGAAAUGGCACAGAAAGCCUUUGCUUCAUCUUCCAACUACGAGAAUGUUCGUGCCAAUUAUUCUCGCGAGGCAGUAGAGUUCUUUUUGAGCAAACUUGGUGUGAACUGGGACAACCAUGACAAAGCUGCAGAGAACCAAACAGAUCGCCCUUUUACUAUCUUAGAGGUCGGUUGUGGCACGGGAAAAUUUACUCGCGUCAUGUUAGAAGCGUUGAAAGACAAGAACGUAAGAGUGAUUGCAAGUGAGCCACUGCAAAGCAUGUGUGAGCAGUUAAAACUUAUGGUGCCUGAUACGGAAAUUAUCCAAUGCCCAGCUGAGAAUAUACGUAAGCUGCUUAAAACUAUAUGUUUUGUGCACAAAAACGAUAUCUUACAUGUCAUUUCAUCUCUUUUGAAUUGCUUGCCACCUUCUCCAUUUUUUUGAUACUAAAGCCCUUGCAGGGCCUCCAAGGCCUCUGCUAGCAGGGAAUUACAGGCCUUUCCCUAAUGUGUAUUAUUAAAAUUGUAUCAUUGGAUAAUGCAAUUCUACAGCUCUGAUUAGCUUAGCCAUCAUGGUAUAUGAGCCAUUAGUAAAAUCCAACUAGUGGUGUAUUAUCAAUGCUCCGUUCUGAUUGGUUGAGCUACUACUAGGCUAUUCAGUCGAACCCUGCUAUUUUGAACUCGGUUAAUUCGAAGUCCCCGCUAUUUCGAAGGAAGAUCGAAUUCCCUUGGAUUUACCCUUCCCCUUUACGCUUCCCCGGUUAUUUAAAACCGCACUAUUUCGAACUUUUUUCCAUUUCCCUUGGGACUUCGAAAUAGCGGGGUUUGACUGUAUGUUAUAGCCCACUAGUAGCAAAAAGUGCGCGCUUUUUGGUGGCAAAAAAGGAUUAAAGUCUAGCUUUUACCUAGCUAAAUCUUUUUUUAUUGUUAAUAUUUUUGACCAACUAGUUGGAUUUUACUAAAACAAUAUUAUUAUUCCUCUCGCCCUCAUGGCCUCUGAGUCAAUAGCCCAUGAGGCCUUCGGCCUCAUGGGCUAUUGACUCAGAGCCCAUUCAGGCUCGAGGAAUAAUUGUUAAUUAUACCAUACUCUCCAAAUAUGGUAAUUGUACACAUCUGCUCAAAAAUUAAAAAUAACCUGAAAAUCAGUUGUUUUUACAAAUAAAGUCGGGAAAAAUUCCUCAAUAAAAAAGUAUUAAGCUGAUUAACAACCUACUUGGCCUGAAUUUCCAAUAACUACCCUAAAAUACAGGAACCUAUUUCACCGUCACCUUCCCAUUUCCUUCUCUCUAAGAGAGGAGAUGGGAACAAUACUUUUGUGGUCUAUAUUUGAUAAGGACCAAUCAUUAUGGGCCUUUACAAAUUAAUACAUGGUUUGCACAGUCUUGAAGUCAUGAAUUUUUGGGGAAGUCCUUGAAAAGUCCUUCUUACUUAUUUAAUAGAAUAUUUAAGAAGUUAACCUGAUACGUUGUAUAUACCUCCAGUUGUAAUUUUAGUCUUUUUUUCUAGUAACAAAAGCCCUGUGCUUGAGUUUGUGUGAGGGGUUUUUCUUACUGUGUGUUGUACUUGCAUUUCUUUUCUUUUCCUUUUUUCUUAAUGUGUAAUUUAAUAACGCCUUUAUUUAUAAUUUUUAUAGCUAUUUGCGGGGUAUAAAGUAUUGUUACAACUUUAUGGAUCGCGAACAAAAUAUAUUGUUGUAUAUUGUUGUUGUUGUUGAAUAUUUCCAUUUUUUCUUGGAAAUGUCCUUAAAUUUCUGUGUAAGUCCUUGAAUAGUCCUUGGAUGUUCGUAACUUUGAAUGUAUUGGCUUGGAAAGUGUUUUUUAAUGCUUUUUGGUCGUCCAAGACAGAAUAUAAAUCAUAGCUCAGCAAAUUAGUUAAAUGUGAUUUACCUAAAGUAUCUUUGUUUUUUUUUUCAGUAAUUAACUAGCAAUUUAAGUCAUUUAAGACAAGUGAAGUGAAAAAUUUAGAGCAGUUGGUGGAGCAAAAAGUUCAAUCCUUAAAGUCCCUUUAGAAUGGACUGGAAUGUGCAUUUUUGUACAAUCUGUGAAAUUACCUUCUUGGUAGGUGGUCCUUUGAAAGUCCUUAAAAAAUGGUUGCAAUGUAAGAUGACAAUUUUUGAUACAUGUAUAUAAGUUGAUAUGUUAAUUUCUAAGUUAUCCUUCCUUCUGUUUUUUCCAGCCCUUCCUGAUGCAAGUGUGGAUGUAGUAAUUGCUGCUCAAAGCUUCCACUGGUUUACAAACCGUGCUGCUCUAGAAGAAUUCCAUCGUGUUCUGGCCCCAAGGGGCUCAUUUGGCAUGGUUUGGGUUGUACUUGAUGACAUGUCCGCCAUAUGGUUGAAAGAGAUAACAAACUUUCUUUCUACUUUAGAUGAGAACUAUGCUCUGUUUUUUCCUUUCAUGCAAGGGUGGAGAAAAGUGUUCACUGACCUCUCACAAGGCUUAUUUAGCUACCCAGAAGAAUGUAUAGACUUUAAGUAUUCUAGAACAAGUUCUUUUGAUCAUGCCUUCAAGAUGUUGUCAUCAUAUUCCCCGGUAGCAGGUGGGAGUGAAAAAGAUAAGAAAGAUUUCCAUGAUCUGUUUAAUGAUGUAACUAAAAGGCAUUUUAAAGAUAAGGGAAUUCCUUUAGAAACUAUUCCAUUCAAGUUUCACAUGUACUGGUGUACUAAGAAAAAUUAA